AUGCCUGCCCUGCGCUGCCUCCGGCCAGCCGCCGCCGCCUCCCCGUGGCCGUGGCCCGGCUGGUGCCUCGUCUGCUGCCUGCUGGGCGGGGGGCUGGCGGCCGGGCGCCCCUGCCAGCCCUGCGGCCCCGACUGCGCCUGCCGGAGCCUGCCCGGAGCCGGGCCCGCCUGCGCCGUCGACUGCGCCGCCCGCGCCUGGGCCCGCCUGCCCGCCGCGCCCUGGCCCCAGCCCACCGUCGCCCUAAACCUUUCCAGCAACAAGAUCAGUGUUUUAAAUGCUGAGACUUUUGCACAUCUGACUUCCCUGACAAAACUAGAUUUAAGCAACAACAAGAUUUCUACGUUAGAAGAUGGCGUGUUUGAUAAUUUAUUUAAUUUAAGCGAAAUAAACCUGAGUCUGAAUCCGUUUCUUUGUGACUGCAACCUUGCCUGGCUUCCCCUCUGGCUGGACAAAAGGAAAUUGAAAAUUGUGCGCCCGCUGGAUACCAAGUGUGCCCAGCCUCCCGAGGUGGCUGGCCUUCCUAUUUUCAACGUUUCAUUCACCGAUACUACUUGUGGAGCUGACUACAUCGCGUGCCUGACAGACAAUGCUACCAGAUUGGCCGAUUCCAUCGUCCGAUUUGUAUACCACCUGCCUCAGAACUGGACUGAGGAGUUCUGUGGCGCUCAGUGCUAUGCCGAACGGCAGGAUUAUGGGGGCUUCAGCGAUGAUGGACAUUGUCUGUGCGGUGCCGCUCUCGAAUCAAACUCUUCCAUGGACUGUUUGCCGUUUUGCACAGAGCCCUUUUCCAGGCCGGUCUGUGGGGGGCCUUCUAUCAUUUCAAACAUUUUCCUGGCCCAGAUGCCAAUUUCCUUAUCAGGGCCCAGGUCUCCUUCCAGCCUUUACCAAGCGGUGACUUUCAACGUCAGCGUCCCGCUUGCCGUGGGCACCUUCCAGUGGGACUUUGGGGACCAGACGCGGCUCUUCAGUACCACCAAGGCAGCCGUCCUCCACAAGUACUCUUUGCCUGGGCGCUACAACGUCACCGCCACUGCUUUUGUGGGCAGUCGUUUUACCUCAGCGCAGACAGAAAUUGAGGUGGUGGCCCCUCCGGCAGAGAUAGAGCUUCAGUGUCCUCCUUUAGUGAAGACGAAUGAAAGUUUGCAGCUGCGGAUCAGGAACAGAGGAGGGACUGGCCUAUUGGCCACGUACAACAUGAUGGCGCAGGAUGGCGAAACUGAACGAGAGGUACACCCGAUGUGCCCCCCGGACAGCGUGGUCUUCCCUGAGAACAACCACUGCUAUCAGCUGGUGGCAGAGAAGGCCGAAUGGCUGGAGGCCCAGCGGUAUUGUCAGGAAUUUGGCAACGGGGAUUUAGCCUUUGUCAGCAGCCCAGAAAUCCAGAAUUUCUUGGUAUCCCGUGUCACCAGGAGUUUGGACGUCUGGAUCGGAUUUAAUGACAUGGCUAGCCCCGGUGGCCCCCGGCAGGAGGGAGAAGGCUUCGAUCUGCAGAGCUGCCAGAACUGGCUUCCUGGAGAGCCGCACCCGUCCAACGCCGACCACUGUGUCCGGAUGGGCCCUGCCGGCCAGUGCAACACAGACCUCUGCAUGGCCAAGCACAGCUACGUCUGCGAGUACAAGCCUAAAGAGAUACUUCUAAACACCGAGUACUUUGUCCUGGGGACCCCUACCUUCGACAUACACACAGUGGUGAGCAACGUCACAGAAAAAAACCAUCUGUCGGCGCCGUCUGGACCUGUGGAGACGAUGGUGUUUCCUAACUUGACGUUUCAGCAGAGGGGCUUUUUAGUAGCCUUGGAGUUUGUGACCCAGGAGCUCCUGCAGACUGUUCAAGUCCGGUUUCAGGUGUACCGUCCGGAAUUGGGGGAAGGUUGCAAGGCGAUCACAAACAUCACAGGCCCACCCGUCUCUUCUCAAGGAAAUGGCACUUGGCCACCUUUGGACUGUCCACCUGGGUUCCAGUGGUGCUCUUGGACUAACAGCUGCCUGCCGGUGGACAGCUGUUGUGAUCCAGGGAUGUGUGUCAACAGCUCCCUCGCCAACACCGCUGACCCCAGUCCUUGCCUCCACGAAAACCACCUCUGGAACAGAUUGUUGCAAGAAUCGUUCUUUGACGUGCCCCCUGGUCCCUCCACCCAGUAUCUCUUGCUUUUCAGAGGCAAAGAUGUUUCUGUUAGGCCCAAUGAUACCAUCAGCAUCCAGCAUGACACCGGAUCAGGUGCCUUCCUUCUUUGCCGCCCAAGCCGGACCCCAUCGGGCCAGAUCCACCACUUAACCCUGAAUUCUUCUGACUGGGAUCCUGGCUCCUCUGCCCACAACACAGCCAGAAGCAGACAGAACUCCGUGUGCUUCCUUAGAGUUCUCUAUGUAGCCGAGGAAACGGUGCCCGUGAUCAGUCCAAAGAAUUCUGGUGUUGGUCGCUACGGCCUCUACACUGUGAAAGCCAGUGUAGACAAUGGAGUCUUCGUCGCCAAUUUGUCCUGCAAUUUCUGGGCUGUUGCUCCAGUGCAGGGCCUCCAUGUCGUUUACCCUCCAGUUCAAGAUGGCAAGAUCUACGUGCCAACCGACAGCACCUGGCUUCUGGUGGAGGUCUCCUCUGGUGUAAAUGCAUCCGCUGGCUGGCUAGGGGGGAACCAGAACUUCCCCUUCGAAAGGCACUGCCCUCCCGCAGUUGCUCUGCUGGUGGUGGAGUGUGCCAGGGAAACCAACGACUCCUGGUUCUCUGUAAUCCCCCUGGAUGGCAUUGGGCAGAACUUCAGCACCGUUGUGUUGUGGGCAAGGAAUGCAGUGAGCUCCCAGAACAUCAGUGUGGUGGUGAAAGCUGAAGAGCCCAUCCGAGGGCUCCGUGCGACCCCAGACCCAGAAACCCGGGUCUUGCUGAACAAACGAGUGAGCUACAUCCCCAUGAUGGACGCUGGGUCGGACGUCACGUUCAGGUGGAUGGUGGACGACAAGCCCUCCUUCACUUUCUACAACAACGUCUUCAAGGUUGUCUACCAGACCCCUGCUGUGUACAAGCUGUCGCUCACCGCCUCCAACCAUGUCAGCAAUGUCACUGUGGACUACAACAUUACAGUGGAGAAGAUGAACAGGAUGAAGGAUCUGGUGGUCUCUGAGAUCCCCUCGUUGGUCCCUCAGAACACCACCAUAGACCUGUCUGCUGUGGUUAUGGUGGACUCUGCUGUGGAUGCCACGUUCUUGUGGGACUUUGGAGAUGGCGACCAGGUUGCUUUCCAGUUUAUGCCUCCUUAUAAUGAAUCUUUCCUUAUGCCGGAUCCCAGCAUGCAUCAGGUGGUGAUUGCUCACAAUGUGUCGCACACCUACCAAGAACCAGGCCAAUAUACCCUGGUUGUUUCUGUGUUCAACGAGUUUGAAAACCUGACCUAUUCGACUCCUGUCCAGAUCUACGCUUUUCUGCUGGAUGUGACCAUGGAAGCAAUUACAGACGUCCUUGUUGUGGGUCGCCCUGUCACCUUUGAAGCCUACCCUCUUCCCUCCAGUUUUGGGGUCUUCUACAGUUGGGACUUUGGUGAUGGCUGCAUGGCAUUUGUGGAGAGCCAGCCUACCAUCGUCCAUACCUACAGUCAUAAAGGGAUGUACAAUGUUAGCUUGCGAGCCAACAACAGCAUCAGCGCCGUAGAGGUGUUUGAGUUGUACCGUGUUUUUGAAGAGAUCCGCGGGCUGCAGGUGGCCUUCAACGAAGUGAUAGAGCUCCGCACACCAGUGGAGAUCAAUGCUUCUGUGGAGACAGGGGAUAAUAUCACCUGGAUCUUUGACAUGGGUGAUGGGACAGUACUGGAAAGUUCUGUGGGGUCUGUAAAACACAUCUAUUUAAAAGAGGUCAACUGCACCGUCAACGUGACAGCGGUGAAUCCGGUCAACUCCGUUUCCCGGGCAGUGCCUGUCCAGAUAUUUGUUCUGAUGGUUCUCAAGAUCGAACCUUCCUCCUGUGUCGUGGAGCACCCUGAAGUUCAACUCACCGCUUACGUCUCGGGAGACCCCACUGACUAUAUUUUUGACUGGACUUUUGGGGAUGGCUCCUCCAACGUGACAGUGUACGGGGACCCCAUGGUGACACACAACUUUACUCGCAGUGGUGUCUUCUCGCUCUCUUUGGUUCUCUCAAGCAAGGUCAACAAAGCGCACUACUACACAGUGGUGUGCGUGGAACCAGAGAUAACCAACGUCACGCUGUUCAGUCCACUGUCUGUCAUUCUUGGCAACGACAGCAAGUUCCAAGUCACAGCCUUGCCCCCUUACAACUAUCAUUACCUUUGGGACUUUGGGGCCAAUGACUCAGCUCGGUGUGGUGGGACAGAAAUCAGCUACAUGUAUAAAACUCCAGGCAGCUACUUAGUCACAGUAACCGUGUCCAACAAUGUGUCUUUCAACAACGUCACAGCGAUUGUGAAAGUCCUGGAGCCCAUCGGAGUAGCUAAGAUUGAGUCCAACGGGUCAAAGGUUCUGGAACUGAACCAGAUCUAUCUGUUUUCUGCCAACGUCAGUGGGACCAACGUGAGUUAUCUGUGGGAUUUGGGGGAUGGUACCAGUCAGCUGGGGAAAUCUAUCACCCACUUGUACAACAAAACCGGCGUUUACACCAUCAGCCUGAGAGGAUGGAACGAAGUGAGUCACACCGAAGCGAGACUCAAUGUGACGGUGAAGAGGCGUCUCCAAGGACUGGCCAUCAACGCCAGCAAGACCAUAGUGCCACUCAACGGUUCUGUGAGCUUCACGGCCACCCUGCUUGCCGGCACGGCCAUCCGGUACUCUUGGAUCCUGUGCGACAGAUGUACCCCAAUCCCCGGCACUUCCACCAUCUCUUACACUUUCCGCUCUGUCGGGACUUUCAACGUGAUAGUCACAGCAGAGAACGAGAUUGGGUCUCUGCAAGACAGCAUCUUCAUCUGCGUCUUGCAGCAGAUCGAAGGGCUGCAGGUGAUCAGCGGCGACCUCUUGGAAGACGCCUUCUUCCCCACCAACAAGACGCUUCAGCUACAGGCAGUGGUGAGAGAAGGGACCAACAUCUCCUACAGCUGGUCAGCCCUGAAAGAAGGUUACCCCGCGCAGACGUUCACGGGGAAGAUCUUCUCUUUGCUCGUUAUGGAAGCAGGCGUCUACAUUAUCCAUCUGAAAGCCACAAACAUGCUGGGAAGUGUGGCUGUGAACAAGACGGUGGAGUUCAUUGAGCAAAUCGGUGUCCUGAAACCAGUUGCGUCUCCUAACCCUGGGGCGGUCAAUGUUUCCCUUAACAUAAGCGUCAGCGUCACCGCAGGGACCGGCUUGGCGUAUACUUGGUACCUAGAGGAUGGCGUAGUUCUCGUCACUUCCAACCCUUUCGUCAUCUAUUCUUUCCAAAGCCCCGGUGUCAAAGUAAUCAUGGUUACAGCAGAAAACAGAUUUGGUUCCGCCAAUGCGACGCUUUGCGUAGGUGUCCAGGAGCCGAUCGUUGGUUUGAAGAUCCAGACCGUAAAUCUAGACAGGAGUUACGUCAGAUCCGGUUCCGUUGUGAACUUCCAAGGAGAACUUGAAAGGGGAACUGAUGUGUCUUGGAAGUGGAAGCUGCAGAACAGGUCCUUAUCGGGGCAGAGAGUGGCUCUGGAAUUCCCCACAGCAGGCUUCUACUCCGUCUGUCUGAAUGCCUCCAAUGAGGUCAGCUGGGAAACGGCUUGCCACAAUAUCACCGUACAAGAUGCAAUCCAGGGUCUGCAACUCCGCGUGAGCAAGGAAGUGGUGGAGCCCGAGGAAGAAGUUUCCUUUGUCAUUGAAAUGUCUUCUGGGUCUUCUGUGAGCUAUGGGGUGAGCAUCGGUGGAGAACCUACGGCGGCACUCAAUGCCUCCAGUUUCACCCACGCGUUUGCCCAGGUUGGAGACUACAGAGUUCAGGUCACUGCUGAAAACCUCGUCAGCGUGGUCCAAGUUGAAGUCCGCAUCGUGGUGCUGGAAUCCAUCUCUGGCUUGCAGAUUGUGGACUGCUGUGAGUUGGGCACACCGACAAGGGUGGAAAGGCAUUUCACAGCCGAGAUUGAGAAGGGCUCCCGGGUGUCUUAUUUGUGGCAGUUUUCCUUGGAGGAGGAGCUGAGACAUUCCCAAUCAGUGCUGGAAGGGAAGAGCGUUUCGUAUACCCCAGAGGCUGCCGGGUUGCUAGAAAUCCAUCUCACCGCUAUUAACGGCCUGGGCAGCCUGAACGUAAGCGUAGUGAUCCAAGUCCAGGAUCCAAUAAUGCAUUUUUCUCUCAAACCUGUCGAACCGUUUGCCAACCGGACAUCGUUGUUUGAAGCAUCAGUAUUCCCCAGCGCGAGGCAGGUUGUGUUUUGGUGGCAAUUCGGGGAUGGUUCUCCAGCGCAGAAGAGUAUUGUGACGUCUGCCAGCCACACCUACGUGAGGCCAGGGGAGUAUCUGGUGGUGGUGAAUGCCACCAACCUCAUCAGCUUCGCCAUCACCCACCUGACGGUCACGGUUCGAGUGCUGGAGUGUGAGGAACCGGAGGCGGAGCUGGUCUUACCUGCACAGGUGGUCAUGAAACGGUCACAGAAAAAUUACCUGGAAGCACAGAUAGACCUGCGGGGAUGCUUUAGGUACCAGACAAAAUACUUGUGGGAGAUUUACCGAGUCUCCAGCUGCCUGUGGCUGAGUGGCGCCAAGAAAGUCCGCUUGCCCGCUGUAGACGUGAGCCGGCCGCAACUGGUCAUCCCCAAGCUGGCCCUGGAUCUUGGGAACUACUGCUUCAAAUUCCGGGUCUCUUUCGGAGACACACCCCUGUUCAAGAGCAUUUUUGCCAACGUAACCGUUGUCCCCAACAAGCUGGUACCCAUCAUAGAUGGGGGGUCCUACCGCGUGUGGUCCAGCACCCGAGACUUAAUCUUGGACGGUGAGAAAUCCUACGAUCCUAACCUCGAAGAUUUGGAACAGACGCCGUUACACUACCGGUGGACCUGUGUGUCAUCCACCAAGAGCCCUUCAGGAGGGUGUGCUCUGAACUUCAGCGCCGCCGGAGGAGGGGUUACCGUUUCCCGAGCCAUAUUGGAAACAGAUGUCGAGUACACGUUCGACCUCACUGUCUGGAAAACAGGGAUGUCUCCCGAAGCCACCAAUCAAACUGUGUUGAUCAAGGAAGGGACGGUCCCCAUCGUGGCUCUGGAGUGUGUCUCCUGCAAAGCCCAGUCAGUCUACGAAGUCAGCCGGAGCUCUUAUGUCUAUCUGGAGGGGACUUGCUUGAACUGCCAAAACAACUCCAAACUGGGGCGGUGGGCUGCCCACAGCUUCAAAAACAAGACUCUGGUCUUGGAUAAAACCACCACGUCGACGGGGAAUGUGGGGAUGAACUUGGUUCUGAGGCCAGGGGCCCUGAAAGACGGCGAGGGAUACACCUUCACCUUACACGUCACCGAUCUGGCCACAGGGGAAGAAGGGUUUGCCUCCAUAGACCUCUUUCCGAAUCAGCCGCCUUUCGGGGGCUUCUGUCGCCUGUCUCCCCUGGGCAGCGUGCAAGCUCUAAUGGCAAAGGUUCAUUUUGAAUGCACAGGCUGGAGGGACAAUGAGGACGAAGACACCCCUUUGGUCUACCUCCUCCUGGCCACACGCUGUCGGACCGGCCACUGUGAGGAAUUCUGGGUGUACAAAGGGAGCCAUUCGGAGCAUGCCGCCUUCUUGCCACCGGGAUUCCAGGAGGGCGCCUCCCUGGUGCACGUCUCGGUGCUGGUACAGGAUCAGCUGGGAGCGACUGUGGUAGCCCUCAACAGCACGAUGGCCAUCACCCUGCCCAGCACGCCCGAUGGAUUCCACAGCCUCCCGCAGUGGUUGUACAACCAGACCGACGUGGUUCUCCAGGGCUUGGUCAAGCAGAACGACCCUCAGCAGGUCAUUGAGUAUUCGCUGGCUCUCAUCACCAUCUUGAAUGAGUACGAGCGCACCCUGCCUUCGGAAGCCAGAGCCGAGGACGAAGAAGACUUCCGUGCCAAGAUGCGGAGGAACAUCACAGAAACUCUGAACGGCAUGAAGGUGAACACGGUGGAUGACAUUCGGCAGAUCACGGCGGCUCUGGCACAGUGCACGGUGGCUAACAAAGAGUUCGUGUGCCGCGCUUGUUUGACGGACACCCUGAAGAAGCUGGAGAGCAUGCUGAUCAUCCUUCAGGGGGAGACCCUCCAAGGGACCAUGACCCCCACCUCCAUCGCAGACAACAUCCUCAGCAUCAUGGGGGACUUGAUCCACCUGGUCAACACAGUUCCGCAGCCGUCGAAGUCGCAGGGACUGAACAGCGGCCCCAACGCCAUGCAGGUGGCUUCUAAGGCCUACGCCCUCUCCACCGACCUGAUGCGCAUCCUGAUGAAGUCCCGGGUGCUCAACGAGGAGCCGCUGGAGCUGGCGGGCAGCGACAUCACGGCGAAGGGCAAGCGUUCGGACCCCUUCAGCCUGCUCUGCUACUGGGACAGCCCCAGCUGCAGGUUCUCCAUCCCUCGGGCCUUCAACGCCACCUUCUCCGACCUGAGGGAUGUGGUCCAGGUCAUGAUCCGGGUGGACUACAACCCUUUCCCUUUCGGCUACAUCCCAAACUACACCGUCUCCUCCGAGGUGGCUUCCAUGGAGUUCCAGAACAACAACGGCACCGAAAUUCCCGUCGGGAGCCUGGGUCCGGAGAAGGCCAUCACCGUGAUGGUGUCUGACCUGGCAGCCAAAAACAUCACCGCGGGGACAGUGACGGUGGAGGAAAGGAAAUGGGUGAACGUGGUGCUCACGACGGAGAAUAGCAACAGAGACGUGGGGCUGUACUUCCAAGUCACCUUCAGCGUCAUAAAUGACCGUUACGUGUCCCACGAGCCAGAGCCAUUCAUCGCCGUCUACCUCCACCGCUCCGCUCAGCCAAAUGAGCACAACUGCACUGCAUCCAAGAAGAUACGCCUAGAGGACGUGAAUCGGAUGGCCGAAGGAGACCCACGGCGCUACACUUUCUUUGUCUCCCCUGUCACAGAGGAUGCUGCGAAGGACUACUACUUGAACAUCACAAACCAUUUCCUCUGGUCCCCGGUGGAAGUGACGCUGGGCCUCUACAGCUCUCUCUGCCAGUAUUUCGACGAAGAGGAGGAGUGCUGGAAGACGGAAGGCAUGGCGCCCUUGGAGGGGACCACGCCCAACCAGGCUGUGUGCUUGACCCAACACCUGACCGCGUUCGGCGCCAGCCUCUUCGUCCCGCCACACUCAGUCCAGUUCAUACAGCCUCCUCCAGGCCCAGGGCUGAACUACAUCGUUCUGUUGACCUGCGCCAUCUGCCUGGUGACAUACUCGGUGGCAGCCGUGAUCGUGCACAAACUGGACCUCAUCGACAUUAACCGCGUGGGGGUGAUCCCCUUCUGUGGGAAGAAUGGGCUCUACAAGUACGAGAUCCUUGUGAAAACAGGAUGGGGCAGCGGGUCAGGGACAACGGCCCACGUGGGGAUCACGCUGUAUGGGAUGGACCACAAAUCUGGCCACAGGCACCUGGACAGCGAGGACGCCUUCCGCCGCAACAGCCUCGACAUCUUUCAGAUUGCCACCGAGCAGAGUCUGGGCACCGUCUGGAAAAUCCGGAUCUGGCACGACAACAAAGGGCUCAGUCCCUCCUGGUACCUCCAACACGUCAUCGUCCGAGACUUGCAGACCUGGCGGAGUUUCCACUUCCUGGUGAAUGACUGGUUGUCUGUGGAGAGUGAAGAGAACAACGGCUUGGUGGAGAGAGAGGUCUUUGCUGCCAGCGAGGCUGAUCUGAGGAGCUUCUUCAGGAUCUUUGUGGGGGAGCUUCAGCGGGGUUUCUUCGAGAAACACAUCUGGCUCUCCCUGUGGGACCGGCCCCCCCGCAGCCGCUUCACCCGGGUCCAGAGGGCUUCCUGCUGCUGCCUCCUCGUCUUCCUCUUCCUCUGCGCCAACGCCGUGUGGUACGGUGUCGUGGGAGACGUCAACUUCAGCGAUGUGGCAGUUUCCACCCUGAUUCCUGUCAGCGGUGAGACGAUCACAGUCGGCCUGGUCUCUAGUUUGGUCGUCUACCCACUCUAUCUGGUCCUCCUGUUCCUCUUCCGGAUGGCACGCAGCAAGGUGUCCGUCAGCCAGUCCCUGACGCAUUCUGACCAGCAGUCCUUGGAGAUUGACAACUACCUCGACUCCUCGCUUUUGGAGAGCUCUUUCCUCACCUUCCCUGGGCUGCGGACGGAGGCCUUUUCAGAGCAAACGAAAACAGAUGUGUUCCUGGAUGACUCCAAGAGCCUCAUCCGGUGGCAUUCCAAUGAGGCCCUCCCCAACUGGCCGGAUCUCCUCAGCGACCCUUCCAUCAUGGGCAACACCAUUCAGAAGCUGAAGAGGGGGAGGACCAGCCGCCAUCUUGGCCUCGAGGCGCCUUUGGCGACAGAGGAGGACGGCUUGUCUCUCGGCUUGCCCCACGCGCAGACAAGAUACUUUUCUGCUUCAGACGAAGACCUGAUCAGGCAAAUUCUAGCCGAUGGAACAGGCAGCAUCUCCCAUCCACUGGAUGCGGGGCAGUACAGCAGGGUGGAGACGGACCUCCUCUCGGGGCUAUCCAGCAUGUUUGGGGAGAAGACGGAGGCCAUCAUGAUGCAGAGGCUGAACGCGCCAAACCCCGGCAGGGAACUCAACUGCUCGGCCAAAUCCACCCGGACAGUGGUGGAUCAUGCCCUCCGGAAGCGCCUGCUGCCCUUCUGGUGCUCGCACCUGGCCCAAGCCCUCAGCCUCACCUUCCUGGCCGUCUGCUUCGGGGUCUCCUCGUGGAUCGGCGUCACGUUCACGUCCAGUGUGGCUCUCAUGUGGCUCAUCUCAGGGAUUUUUAGCUUCCUCUCCUCCUUCUUGUUCUGGGAACCCUUUAAGGUUCUGCUGGAGGCCCUCUAUAUCUCGCUGGUGGCCAAGCGCUUGCACCCGGAGGAGGACGACACGCUGGUGGAAUACCCGCUGGUGGAGCACGUCUCCGAGAAGAUUGGCAAGGUCCGCCCCCCUCAGGGAUUCGCACUCUUCCAGGCCAAGGAGGAAGCCAGGAAAGUGAAACUUCUGCACAGGAUGCUGAAGACCUUCCUCAUCUACAUGCUCUUCCUGCUGGCUGCCCUCCUCACCAACUACGGCGACGCCUCCCUCAACAGCCGGGCCUUCCUGCUGCAGAGCGCCAUCAAGCGACAGACGGCCAGCGAUCAGUUCCUGCACAUCAAGAGACCUGAUGAGUUCUGGGUUUGGAUGUCACAGGGGCUGUUGCCACACCUGUACAAUAACCACUCCGGCGCAAGGAGCUUCAGCAUCACCUUGGGAGCCCCACAGCUGCGACAAAUCCGCCUGCAGGAAGAGUGCCUGAGUCCUGUUGGCAGCAUCCUGAGUUGGACCGAUCUACCUGCAGCUGAGGAGAAAUGCAUCUCCGGCUCCAACAGUUUCGACACCAGCAGUUAUGCCGUCGGCUGGAAAAGCGUCUCUGACAACCUCACGCAACUCUGGGCCCACUCGCCUCCUGAACUGGCCGGGGUCUGGUUUUGGGGCUUCCUGUCCUUCUAUGACAGCGGGGGGUACACGCAGGAGCUGGGGGCCACUUUGGAAGAAACCAAAUCCAGGCUAGACUUUCUCCAGCGGAACAACUGGAUCAGUAACAAGACUCAAGCGGUCUUCGUAGAACUGACCCAGUACAACCCAGGCCUGGCUCUCUCGGUGGUUGUCACCUUCAGGCUGGAGUUCCCCGUGGUGGGACAGGUGCUGCCAGCGGUCACCAUCGGGUGCAUCCCGUUUCUUCCGCUCCACGGAGGAGUCACACUGCAACUUCUCAUGAUGGUCAUCUUGAUGAUCGUGGUCGUCUACUGCGUGGUGUCCGAGUCGCUCUCCAUCCAGAAGGCCGGCAGGGCUUACUUUGGGCAGGCCGGCAGCUACAGCCAGUGGGCGCUCAUCCUCCUCGCCACCUGCACGGCGGGGGUCUACGUCAGCCAGGCCACCCUGGCCCAGAGGCAGUGGGCGGCCUACCUGAGGAACCAGCAGGGCUUCACCAGUUUCUACCAGGUGGCCUCGCUCAACACCACCUUCCGCUGCCUGGCUGCCCUUUUGCUCUUCCUGCUGACCGUCAAGGCGUCCCAGCAGCUGCGCUUCAUCCGGCAGUGGUCCACUUUUGGCAGAACUCUGCAGCGGUCCGCAAAGGAGCUGUUCGCCACCGGACUGGCCUUCACGAUCAUCACGCUGGCCUACGCACAACUCGGCUUCCUGCUCUUCUCCUCCCGCUCGGAGUCUUUCUGCACCUUCUCCAGCUCCCUCCGUCUGCUCUUCGUGGCCCUCCGCAGCAGCAUCAAUCUGCGCUUCUGUCUCCCUGAGCCGGUUGGCUUCGCCCACCUUUUCUGCGCCAGCUACGUCGCGCUGGAGCUGUGGGUGGUGGUGCGGUUGUUCGCCGCGGUCCUCCUCCAUCACUACCGGGAGACCCGCUUCGAGAUGUACCGGCCGGCUUUCGAGUCCCAGGACUACGAAAUGGUCGAGCUCUUCGUUCGGAGGUUGAAGAUGUGGAUGGGAGUCAGCAAGGCCAAGGAGUUCCGCCACAAGGUGCGCUUCGAAGGGAUGGAGCCUCUGCCGUCACGCUCGUCCAGCCAGGACUCCCGGUCCCUGCGAGGACCCACCCCCAGCGCCAUCUCCGACAGCGCUUCCACUUCCUCCAGCCAGCUGGACGGGCUCAGCCUGGCCCCAAGCGCCCGGGACAGCUCUGAGGCAGACGGCGACAUCCAGCAUCUUCUUUCACUCCUGGAGAUCUUGCUCGUUCAGUUUGACCGGGUGAACGAGGCCACCGAGGACGUGUACCACAUCGAGCGCCGGCUGGAGGCUGCACAGAGCCGGCGGGCGAGGAAGAGGGAUAUGCAGAGCGUGGAGCUGCCGGGAAGCCAGCCCCAUCCAAAGCCCACUCACCUGGGAUUGCUCUCCCCCCAGACAGGCCCCGGCGGCAGCCAGCUUCUGCCUUCCUGUCCCCUGAGCAGCUCAGCCCCCAGCAGAACGGGCCAAGCCAGCCAGGGCCUCAGCGUGGCUUCCUCGCUGCUCUCUCCGCACAAGACGUACGCCUCGCUCAUGCCCAUGGACCGGAAGAAGAAGAAAUCGCUGAGGGCGAACAACCGGGUCCACCCCAGUGGCAAGUAACAGAAACCUCCCAGGCGGAGGCGAGGAAAGUUUGGCGUGGCUUGCGACCCACAGGUGGUCAGCCCUGCAUCACUAGGAGAGGCACCGUCCCUCUCUGCGGUUUCACCUCCCAUCCAUGUGGCAGGGUGGUGGGUGUUGUCGGAAGGGCAGACCGCCGAUCAGCUUGAUGCUGAGGGACGUACGGAGACGAGUGCGGGUUUCGCUUGGAUUCCUGAGAUGUUCCCACAGGGGCUCCCGUCACCCGAGCGUUUGACGGCUCAGCG